CAGAAAAAAGCCUUUUAUUCUUCCUACAAAAGUCAAGCCUAACCUGGCGAAUUCACAAUUCAAUCUUAAUAUUUUGAAUUCCUUAACAGACUCCUAAAUUAAAAAAAAAAACACAACACAAAAACCUGAUGCGUGUGUGUGUGUAUAUAUAUAUAAAACACAAAAUCCAUAGCAGCAGCAGCAGUAGGUAAUGAUAUUUUAUUAUCAAAUUAAACAACGACAAAAAAAAAAAAAACAGAAAGAAGACGAGAGAAAAUGGAAGACUCAUACUGCCCGGACUGCAAGCGACUGACAGAGAUAGUGUUCGACCACUCGGCAGGAGACACCAUCUGCUCUGAAUGUGGUUUAAUUUUGGAAGCCCACUCUGUGGACGAGACAUCAGAGUGGCGAACUUUCUCUAACGAGUCCUCUGAUCAUGACCCUAACCGUGUUGGUGGCCCACUUAACCCUCUUCUUGCCGACGGUGGUCUUUCCACUACCAUUUCUAAAACAAAUGGUGGGUCCAACGAGCUUUUGUCCUGCUCUCUUGGGAAAUGGCAGAGCCGUGGCGCCAAUCCUGAUAGAAACCGUAUUCAGGCUUUCAAGUCUAUUGCUGCCAUGGCCGACAGGUUGGGGCUGGUUACAACCAUAAAGGAUCGAGCUAAUGAAAUAUAUAAGAAGGUAGAGGAUCAAAAACCUCUUAAAGGACGAAAUCAAGAUGCCAUUUUAGCUGCUUGUCUCUAUAUUGCAUGUCGACAAGAGAACAAGGCCCGGACUGUAAAAGAGAUUUGUUCUGUUGUCAAUGGAGCCACAAAGAAAGAAAUUGGACGAGCAAAAGAGUUUAUUGUGAAGCAUCUGGAGGUAGAGAUGGGUCAUUCAAUGGAAAUGGGAACCAUACAUGCUGCAGACUAUCUGAGACGCUUUUGUUCCAAUCUGGGAAUGACAAAUCAAGCUGUUAAAGCUGCCCAUGAAGCUGUCCAGAAAUCUGAGGAGCUUGACAUAAGGAGGAGCCCAAUAUCAAUUGCAGCAGCUGUUAUUUACAUCAUAAUUCAACUAUCAGAUGAUAAGAAGCCUCUUAAAGAUAUUUCAGUUGUAACUCAAGUGGCUGAAGGUACCAUCAAGAACUCGUACAAGGAUCUUUCUCCUCAUUUGUCUCAGAUAAUACCCAGCUGGUUUGCCAAGGAAGAGGAUAUCAAGAACCUGCACUCGUAAAGAUGCCUAGAAGUAGUCAUUUGGUAUGUUCCAUUUUUCUAGUCAGAUGAUCAUACUUCCAUUGCAGCAUCCUUAAGACAGUGAUCUUGUUUUCCAUAGGGCAUGACAGUAUUUUGGUUCCGAUCACUGUAUAAAGUAGUGAUCAUGUAUAUAUAAAGUAGGCCUUUCUUCCAUUAUGUAGACUUGUCUAGAAUUGCAGGCUCGCACCAAUCGUGUUUAGCUAGUUUAUAUGACAAGGAAUGGUUCAUUUGUUAUA